GUUUGUUUCAAAUAAUUAACUCAGACUAACAUCUAACCUACUUCUUGGACUUUAAACCACAGUGCAAUGACAGAACGCAUAAAGGUUUGAUGCUUAUUAGCUGACACUGAGGGCUACGCAAUCUGUCUAUCUACGAUCACCUGCCCCUUGUCUAGUUUUGAGGCCCCACCUAUGUUAAACGUCAUUGGCAGUCCUUCUCUUUAAACCACUGUAUUUUCUGUGUAUUGUAUUGAUAUUGGAGACAUGGUAAGAGCACUGAGUGUUUCUGCUCUGGGGAUUUUAGCUUUGCUAUGCUGGUUCUCCUGCGAGCCCGUGCGGGCUGGAAAAGUGCUUGCCACACCGAUGGAUGGCAGCCAUUGGCUUAGUAUGAAGAUCCUAGUGGAGGAGCUGUCUCAACGUGGACAUGAGGUGGUGGUCCUCGUACCUGAGACCAGCAUUCUGAUUGGGAGUUCCGGUAAUUACAUCACUAAGAGCUAUCCUGUGCCCUACACCAGUGCUGAAUUAAACAUUAACUUGAACAACAUUAAGAAGAAAGCAUUGGAAAAGCCCCCGGAUAUUUCUUCACUUUUUACAAAUUUCGGGAACCUGGUUAAAUUCGUAAACCUGCAGGUGAAAGGUUGUGAAAUGCUGCUGUACAAUGAAACUCUGAUGAGGAGUCUCGGAGAGAUGGGAUUUGAUGCCUUGCUCACAGAUCCUUUCCUGCCUUGUGGUACCAUCAUUGCUCAUAAGUUUUCACUUCCCACCGUUUACUUCUUGCGCGGGAUUCCCUGUCGGCUGGAUGAGGCGGCGGCCAAAUGCCCCUCACCUCCAUCUUUUGUCCCACGUUUCUUCACUGGUUACUCGGAUAAGAUGAGUUUUGCUCAGAGAAUAAACAACAUGAUUUUGACAACAGUGGAACCUUUCCUCUGUCAAACAAUGUUUGCCAUCUUUGAUGAACUGGGUAGUAGAUAUCUAAAGAAAGACACUACUUACAAAGAGCUAUUAAGUCAUGGUGCGAUCUGGCUUCUGAGGUAUGACUUUACCUUCGAGUACCCCAAACCCAUAAUGCCUAACAUAGUCCAAAUAGGGGGCAUUAACUGUGCUAAGAGGGAUCCCUUGUCAAAGGAGCUGGAGGAGUUUGUCAAUGGUUCUGGAGAGCAUGGCUUUGUGGUUUUUACUCUGGGAUCCAUGGUGUCACAGUUACCCGAAGCCAAAGCCAGAGUGUUCUUCGAGGCAUUUAAACAGAUACCUCAGCGGGUGCUGUGGAGGUACACAGGACCCGUGCCUGAAGAUGCCCCAAAGAAUGUCAAACUGAUGAAGUGGCUUCCCCAAAACGAUCUUUUAGGCCAUCCUAAGGUUAAGGCUUUUAUUACACAUGGCGGAUCACAUGGAAUCUAUGAAGGUAUCUGUAACGGCGUGCCAAUGGUGAUGCUUCCGCUGUUUGGAGAUCAGGGAGAUAACGCCCAACGCUUAGUAUCCAGAGGGGUUGCAGAAUCUCUGAGUAUUUAUGAUUUGAGCACAGAAAAACUGCUGGUGGCAUUGAAAAAAGUCAUCACUGACAAAAGUUACAAGGAGAAGAUGACAAAGCUUUCAGCUGUCCAUAGAGACCGCCCCAUUGAGCCCUUGGACCUGGCUGUGUUCUGGACUGAGUUUGUUAUGAGGCACAAAGGAGCAGAGCACCUCAGACCCGCAGCCCAUGAGCUGAACUGGAUACAGUACCACAGUCUGGAUGUUAUCGGCUUUCUACUUCUCAUUCUAGUGACUGUUAUUUUUGUGACUGUCAAAAGUUGCAUGUUCUGUUUCAGGAAAUGCUUCAGGAAGACUCAGAAAAAGAAGAAGGAGUAGAUAAAUUAUGUGAUUGUGAAGUAUUUGUGGGGUUGAUUGUGUGUGGAUUGUGUCUUUCUCUUUUUAAUAACCCUGUAACUUGAAUAAAAUCACACAAAAGCUCUUGACUUGUCUAGGACUGCA